AUGCCUUUCAUGGGUAAAGAUUGGAGAGCACCUGGUGAAACAUGGAUCAGGAUACCUUAUACAAAUGGCUGGGAACGCUCAAAACUACGUCCAAUACAGCUGUGUUCUGAAGCUAUUCCUAUCCCCGAUAGCUUUGAUUCAAAUGGGAUAUGCCAUACUCAAUCCUCAACUUCACUUCUCAGUUUGGAUAGUGGCAGGAGUAGUUCAAUUUCUGAUGAUUCAGUCUCGGAUAAUGAUGAAGGAUGGAUUCCUCACUGUUUCGUCAAAAGCAAAACUAAAGAAUUUGUUGGAUGUACAAGUAUGAGUGAAGCAUUCCAUCGAUUAGAUUUGGCCAGAGCUGUAACGGAUGUCCGUCGAUUCAAUUAUAUAUGCAAAGUUGUACAAAUUCUUGUUGAAGAGAAGCUGAGCGUACUAUCGGCCACAGCUCGAAAAUCACUUCUGAGUAUAUUGACAGCUAUUGUCCUUCGUUCCAUCAAUGAAGAUGUUCAUAUCAAAACAGCAAAGGAAUUAGUUCAACAGUUCUCUGUUUCAUUGGAAGGUCACGUUUGCGGUUCACCCCAGCUUAUUUCACGCCAUCAAUCAACAGCUGGUAAUUUGCUUGACAUGGUCUCAGAUCGUUUGCCUCGAACAGCAGCUGAUGCUGAAGAGACAUCAACUACAUUCCUCGACCUUCCACGUGAAAUCAUCUCUAUAAUCCUCAGACGGUUACCUGAUCAUCAAUCGUUGUUAGAACUAGCCAAAGCACAUGAAGCGUUGCAAUCUUUGAUCGAUAAUGAAAAUAGAGUUUGGAGAUCUCUGUGUGAAUUUCAUUUUCAACCAUAUCAAAUAAAACAGAAGAUGGAUGAUUCUAAAAGCUGGAGAGAGAACUUUUUUAUUUUGAAACGGUAUUUUGGAGUACGUGAGACAUAUGCGGAUGUUAUUCACAUCUGCUGCCAUUGUAAAGCAUUGUAUUGGAAAACAUUGGGUCAUCCAUGUGUACGUGAUGAAGAAGCUCCAUCGGUUCGUGUUACUCCCAGGCAAUUUGUUGACAUGCUUAUCUAUCUAUAG